GCAUUUCUCACCCUGAGUUCUGACCUGUAAGUUUUCAAGGAAAUCUUGAGAGAUUUUUCCUUUCAAUUCUUUUUUUGUUUUAACAGGAGACUGGGAGCUGUGGACCCCAUCGUCGGAAUCCUAGCUGAGAAGCAACUUGUAAUGGAGCCCUCCCCUCUUGAGUUACCAGCUGACACAGUACAACGCAUUGCAUCAGAACUUCGAUGUCACCCGACAGAUGAGAGGGUCGCCCUCCGCCUUGAUGAGGAAGAUGAGCUGAGGCACUUCAAGGAGCAUUUUCAUAUCCCCAAAAUGCAGGAUCUACCUGUAGUUGAUUUAUCUUUAGUGAAUAAGGAUGAAAACGCCAUCUAUUUCUUGGGAAAUUCUCUUGGCCUUCAACCAAAAAUGGUUAAAACAUAUCUGGAAGAAGAACUAGAUAAGUGGGCCAAAAUGGGAGCCUAUGGUCAUGACUUAGGAAAACGUCCUUGGAUUACAGGAGAUGAGACUAUUGUAGGCCUUAUGAAUGACAUUGUAGGAGCCAAUGAGAAAGAAAUAGCCCUAAUGAAUGGUUUGACUGUUAAUUUACAUCUUCUACUGUUAUCCUUUUUUAAGCCUACACCGAAACGGUAUAAAAUUCUUCUUGAAGCCAAAGCCUUCCCUUCAGAUCAUUAUGCUAUUGAGUCACAGCUUCAACUUCAUGGACUUAACAUUGAGAAAAGUAUGCGGAUUGUAAAGCCAAGAGAGGGGGAAGAAACAUUGAGAAUAGAGGAUAUCCUUGAAGUAAUUGAGAAGGAAGGAGACUCGAUUGCAGUGAUCCUGUUCAGUGGGCUGCAUUUUUACACUGGACAGGUCUUUAAUAUACCUGCCAUCACAAGAGCUGGACAAGCAAAGGGUUGUUUUGUUGGCUUUGAUCUAGCACAUGCAGUUGGAAAUGUUGAACUCCACUUACAUGACUGGGGAGUUGAUUUUGCCUGCUGGUGCUCCUAUAAGUAUUUAAACUCAGGAGCAGGAGGUCUUGCUGGUGCCUUUGUCCAUGAAAAGCAUGCCCAUACAAUUAAACCUGCGUGA